AUGACUACCGAGACCGCACAUCCUCCUUCGGCUACUGUGGCGGUUGGUAAGAGCGCAGGUAGCAUGGGUGAUUCUGACAUUACCACUUCGACGAUAUUGAGCACUCGUAUCAUUACCGUGACUGCAUGCCCUUCUUCUGUGACGAAUUGUCCCUUGAGAUCAAAGACGACUUAUGCGAGCACAGAAACGUUGGUUGUUGGCACAGCUGUGUACUCGGUCCCCAAGAUCACAAGCACCAAGGCGAACGGUUCUCUGCCAUCCGCCACAGGAGUAUCCGAGGUCGGACCAUCGCUCACCACUUCUACCAUACUGAGCAACCGCAUUGCAACAGUCGCGGGAUGCACUGGAGAUAACUGCAGUGGCUCUCCACCCGGAGGUGGUUAUGUCACGUCGGAGACCUUCGUUGUCGCAACGACCGUCUACAUCGUAUAUCCAGAUCACACAUCCGUUUCGGCCGAAGGAGUUGAUGCUGUGAUUGUUCCUACGACUUCUGUUGCAAGCCACCAAGCUAGCAACUCAGCCGGUAGCACCCCUAUUUUUGUGUCAUCUGGAUCGCACUUCAUCUCUGUUGGCGACACUACCUUUCAGGGUACAGGCUCAAGCACGGGCAUGGGUGCGGAAUCAGAUGUGGGCUCCGCUGCAGACUCCAGCGCAGUGUCCAAUGCCAAUUCAGGUGCAGACAGAGACGCAGUCUACACCACUACGAUUACUGUCGAAUCAUGCUCCAAUGACGGAACCUGUACCGAAUACGGCACUACCAUCACAAUGGCCCAGACCUCCAACGUUGCUCGGCCCACUGUGUCUGCCUCCCCGUAUUCGUACACCCCAUACUCAGGCUCUGAGUCAGGAUGGAACCAGACUGCUCCCGCCUCUUCAGCACAUGUGUGGCCCCAGAGCAGUCACCAAGCUGGCAUGAGUACAGCCAUGACUACUAGUACAAGAAGCGCAAGCGCAGUUAGCGCGUUGUAUACGGGGGCUGCUUCUGCAGGUUUUCGGUGGUCGUUGCUGCAGGUGGUUGGAACGGUGAUAGCGAUGCUUUGGAUUACUUUCGUAUAG